AUGCCCUACGCCAAUCAGCCAACCAUACAGAUUUUGGAGUUAACCGAAGAGUUUGUCCGCUUCGUUCUCGAGGACACGGAUCUCUCAGUGGCCAAUGCUUUGCGAAGAGUUUUCAUUGCUGAAGUUCCAACCAUGGCAAUUGAUUGGGUUCAAAUCGAGUCAAACACAUCGGUGCUUCACGACGAGUUCUUGGCUCAUCGGAUGGGGUUGAUCCCGUUAACGUCAAACAAAGUUGUUGAUGAGUUCGUCUACAGUAGGGAUUGCGAAUGUGUAGACUUUUGUGACCGCUGUUCGGUGGUGUUCAACUUGAAAGUUUGCUGUAAAGAAGACGCGACUCGUGCUGUGACAACCGCUGAUUUGGAGAGCAGCAAUCCUGAUGUUGUGCCAGCUUGCGGAGUGCACUUAAGUCGAAAACUUGGGAUCGAUGAUGGUGGAAAUCAAGAAGAAAUCAUGAUCGUCAAAUUACGAAAGGGACAAGAAGUUGUCAUGAAAUGUUAUGCUAAAAAGGGUUUUGGGAAAGAGCACGCCAAGUGGAAUCCGACAGCCGGUGUAUCAUUUGAAUACGAUCCAGACAAUGCUUUACGUCAUACGGUUUAUGCAAAGCCCGAGGAAUGGCACAAAAGCGAGUUCUCUGAACUAAAAGAUUCUGACAUGGCCGAAUUGCCCUACGAUGCAAAUGGAAAGCCGAACAAGUUCUUCAUCGGUGUCGAAGCUGCUGGACAACUCGCGGCUGUGAGUAUUGUCUCUAGUGGGGCCGAAAUGUUGACGAAAAAGUUGCGUGAUCUUCAGCAAGCACUCACAAAAGCGAUGAGCACCGCUGCUUCAAAUCCACUU